UUCCGCCUUAGGGAAAGAAAAAAAAAAAUGUCAUCACGGGCCGAGCUUCCGGUUCCACACCGGAGCCCGCAAGACCUUUUAUCCUAGUUGGCUGCUGUCCGCGAACCACACCCAGCCGCUCCCUGGGGCUUCUCCACACCCUGGGGAGCGGUUUGCACGUUGCGACGGUGUGACGGUGACGCCAUGACGUCACUCAGAGAACAGCGUCCCGAAAGGUCUCAGCUCCCCGGCGGAACCGCGAGUCAAGGUCCUGGAGGCGGGACUAAUGUAUGACUGAUGUAUGACUGAUGUCCACUCCCACCAGUUGCCCUUCUCGUGCUUCCUCAAACCAACCAAUAAGUGAGGAGCGAAGCCCGCAAAGUUCUUCAGCCGCUACAGGAAGCUCCGCUCCCUCCGCUUGGCACUCUGCGGCCGCCAUGCUUAGUGUGGCUCCUCGUGCAGAGGCAGUUUGCUCUCUCGGCUUUCAGACGCCCUCAGUGAACCCCUUCCCGAGCACUUCCUCCCCCUGACGAUUAACUUCCACUUCUCCGCCUCCUCCCUCGCUCGCGGCUGGCCCGGCCACACCUAAGAUGGCGGCUGGAGGCAGCGGGGCGGGGCGGGGCUUCCCCGGCGCGGUGACGUCAGCGCGUAACGUGCCGGCAGGUGGAGGGAGAAGGGAAAGUUUGGCCGGUGCUUGGGGUUCGGGUGGAGGGCGGGACGGAGGGGCAGGGCCGAGGAGAAGCUUGUGUCGCGGAGCCGCGGAGGCCGAGGCCGGCUCGUGGGCCGGGCUAGGGACUGCGGGACGCGGAGCCGCAGGAGGCGAGGUCGGCCGCAGCCGCGCGUCCCCGCCUCGGGGCCGCGCUUGACCCGCGCGCCCCGGCGUCGUGCGCUCCAAGGCUGGGCCAGGCGGCUGGUGGGGGGCGGCGGCUGGGCGUGGGGAGGCGUGCGGCGAGUUGACCCGAGAGCCCGGUGCGUGAGGGAGCGCCGUGCCCCGCGCUGCAGCCGUCAUGUCUGAGGACUCGAGCGCCCUGCCCUGGUCCAUCAACAGGGACGACUACGAGCUGCAGGAGGUGAUCGGGAGUGGAGCAACUGCUGUGGUCCAAGCAGCGUAUUGUGCCCCCAAAAAGGAGAAAGUGGCAAUCAAACGGAUAAACCUUGAGAAGUGUCAGACUAGCAUGGAUGAACUCCUGAAAGAAAUUCAAGCCAUGAGUCAAUGCCAUCAUCCUAAUAUUGUGUCUUACUACACGUCUUUUGUGGUAAAAGAUGAGCUGUGGCUAGUCAUGAAGCUGCUAAGUGGAGGUUCUGUUCUGGAUAUUAUUAAGCAUAUUGUGGCAAAAGGGGAGCACAAAAGUGGAGUCCUAGAUGAGCCAACCAUUGCUACAAUCCUGCGCGAAGUCUUAGAGGGAUUGGAAUACCUGCACAAGAAUGGGCAGAUCCACAGAGAUGUCAAAGCUGGAAAUAUUCUCCUAGGAGAAGAUGGCUCUGUACAGAUCGCAGACUUCGGUGUUAGUGCUUUUUUAGCGACUGGUGGUGACAUUACCAGAAACAAAGUGCGGAAGACGUUCGUCGGCACCCCGUGCUGGAUGGCACCCGAAGUUAUGGAGCAGGUUAGAGGUUAUGAUUUUAAAGCUGAUAUCUGGAGUUUUGGAAUCACAGCGAUUGAACUGGCCACAGGGGCAGCUCCUUAUCAUAAAUAUCCACCAAUGAAGGUUUUAAUGCUGACACUCCAGAACGAUCCUCCUUCUUUGGAAACUGGUGUUCAAGAUAAAGAAAUGCUGAAAAAGUAUGGAAAAUCAUUUAGGAAAAUGAUUUCACUGUGCCUUCAAAAGGAUCCAGAAAAAAGACCAACAGCAGCAGAGCUAUUGAGGCACAAGUUUUUCCAGAAAGCAAAGAAUAAAGAAUUUCUUCAAGAAAAAAUACUACAGAGAGCACCUACCAUUUCUGAAAGAUCUAAGAAGGUUCGGAGAGUACCGGGCUCCAGCGGCCGUCUCCAUAAGACAGAGGACGGAGGCUGGGAGUGGAGUGAUGAUGAAUUUGAUGAGGAAAGUGAGGAAGGGAGAGCAGCCAUCUCACAACUCAGGUCUCCCCGAGUGAAAGAUUCACUAUCAAAUUCUGAGCUCUUCUCAGCAGCUGAUCCCAUGGGUACUUUGCUCCAAGUUCCAGAACAGAUUUCUGCUCAUCUACCUCAGCCAUCUGGCCAGAUGCCUACACAGCCUGCCCAAGUCUCUCUCCUGCCCCCUGCAGAGCAAGUGAAAACCGCACAGGCUCAGUCUGCAGGAGACCGCUCCCAGGAGACCAAGGUCCCUAUCAGUCUAGUGUUGAGAUUAAGGAAUUCCAAAAAAGAACUAAAUGAUAUUCGAUUUGAAUUUACUCCUGGGAGAGACACAGCAGAGGGGGUCUCUCAGGAGCUCAUUUCUGCUGGCCUGGUGGAUGGAAGGGACUUAGUAAUAGUGGCAGCUAAUCUGCAGAAAAUUGUGGAAGAACCUCAAUCAAACCGAUCUGUCACUUUCAAACUGGCAUCUGGUGUUGAAGGUUCCGAUAUUCCCGAUGAUGGCAAACUAAUAGGAUUUGCCCAGCUCAGCAUCAGCUAAACCACAGUCCUGGAAGAGUCAGCCUAAGGAGGUGCCACACAUGCCUAUCUGUUGCUUCUGUUGGCCUGAACCUACAACUGCCAAAGAACCCAGCAACAAACUUCCCGGCUUGGAGCUUUAGAGUUCUUUAUUUGUGUUGUUCUUGCCAUCUCCCCAUCCCUUUUCCCACAAGGAGAGAAAAGUUGGAUUCCCAGCGGCCAGCAUCCCCUCAGAGAGUUCCGUUAGUAGAUAUGCUGCUCAUGUCCCCUCUCUUCCUCCAUCUGAGAAGCAGCCAGCGUGCCUCAAGGCCCAGGGUGGAAAUCUCUUAGCUCAUUCUUGCCUUACUACAGCGAUGGCCCAAGUGGAUAGUAGCAGCUGCAUUGGGCAUCCUCAUCUUGCCGGUUCUCCCACACCUGCCGGGAUCUGAGCAUCUUGGGAUAUCUCUUUAACAUUGAAGUAGCAAUUAAAAAUUGAUUGUUCAGCUGGAGCCCAGAGAAUUU